UUAACUCGACAGCCACAGGCGCCGCCGCCCUCCGCGCUCCGACCGGGCCCGUGACGUCACGCGAGAGGCGGAAGGGGCUGGGCGCGCGGCGGAAGGGGCGCGAGGAGCGGCGGGGGCGCGGGGCCGGGGCCGCCACCGGCAUGGCCAAGCAGUACGACAUGGUGGAGUGCCCAUUCUGCGACGAGGUCUCCAAGUAUGAGAAGCUCGCCAAGAUCGGGCAGGGCACCUUCGGGGAAGUUUUCAAAGCCAAACAUCGUCAGACAGGCAAGAAAGUAGCACUGAAGAAAGUGUUGAUGGAAAAUGAGAAGGAGGGGUUCCCCAUCACAGCCUUGCGAGAGAUUAAAAUCCUUCAGCUGCUCAAACAUGAAAAUGUGGUGAACCUCAUAGAAAUCUGCAGGACCAAAGCCUCUCCGUACAACCGCUGCAAGGGCAGUAUCUACCUUGUGUUUGACUUUUGUGAACAUGACCUGGCAGGCCUCCUCAGCAAUGCUCAUGUCAAAUUCACUCUCUCGGAGAUCAAGAAGGUUAUGCAGAUGCUGUUGAAUGGACUUUACUACAUCCAUAGGAACAAGAUCUUGCAUCGAGACAUGAAAGCUGCAAAUGUUCUGAUAACACGGGAUGGAGUCCUGAAGCUUGCAGACUUUGGGCUGGCUCGAGCUUUCAGCCUGGCUAAGAACAGCCAGCCAAACCGGUAUACCAACCGGGUUGUAACUCUGUGGUAUCGUCCACCAGAGCUGCUCCUAGGGGAGCGGGACUAUGGUCCCCCCAUUGACCUCUGGGGUGCAGGCUGCAUCAUGGCAGAGAUGUGGACCCGCAGCCCCAUCAUGCAGGGGAACACGGAGCAGCACCAGCUUGCCCUCAUCAGCCAACUGUGUGGAUCUAUUACACCGGAGGUUUGGCCAAACGUGGAUAAAUAUGAGCUGUAUCAGAAGCUGGAUCUUCCCAAGGGCCAGAAGCGCAAGGUGAAGGAUCGCCUGAAAGCCUACGUCAAAGACCCUUAUGCACUUGACCUCAUUGACAAGCUGCUGGUGCUGGAUCCUGCCCAGCGAAUCGAUAGUGAUGAUGCACUGAACCAUGACUUCUUCUGGUCAGACCCCAUGCCCUCGGACCUCAAAAACAUGCUAUCUACUCAUAACCAGUCCAUGUUUGAGUACCUGGCCCCACCACGUAGGAGAGGUGGACACAUGCCCCAGCAGCCGACUAACCAAGGCAGGAACCCAGCCACCACCAACCAGACUGAAUUUGACAGGGUGUUUUGAGUGAGGGCUUCCUCAGUGAGGCCUUUCCAUCUGGGAUUGGACUUUGUACAAGGUGAAGUGCCUGCCGGCUUUAACUGAGCUCUGCUGUCUCCUCAUGCAGCAUCUCAGCUGCCAUGCAGCUGUGUGACUGGGGAGGUGAUACCCGUAUUAAGUUUCUUUACUGCAGAUUUCCUGUACCAGAAUCUCAUAAAAAUAAAUAAUUUAAUAGAAUGGUACAGCAACAGGGUCACCUCAAGCUAGGUACUGCUGGAGAGGAACCCUAAACAAAGAAAUCACUGGGCAGUUAUGCCCUUGCAGUCUACGUUGCCCUCUCGUCAUGUGAUUGUUCAGCCCAAUAGUAGUGUUUGGGUCUGAGAUCUUCCUGUUCCUCUUAAGAUCCUUUCUCUGUGUCCAGGUAGUCUCUUCCUUUCAUUAUCUGGAGGAUGCAGCUUCUGCUAACAGAUGUGCUUACCUUACUUUUCACAGGCCUCAGGGCCUCCUUUCUUAUAACUAAAUGUAAGUUCAGCCUGAGUUCACCACUAAAGCCUAAGGCUUUAUCAAGACAUUCUAUUGAUCACAGAAUAUUAGGAGUUGAAAGUGACUUCAAAAUAUCAUCCAGUCCAAUGCCCCUGCCAGAGCAGGAUCUUCCUCAACAAGAGCAAGUUUAAGAUCCUGCACCUGGGUUGGCACAAUCCCAAGCACAAAUCCAGGCUGGAUGGAGAAUGGCUGAGAGCAGCCCUGAGGAAAAGGACCUAGGGAUCUGGGUUGCUGAAAAGCUUAACAUGAGCCUACAUGGUGCACGUGCAGCCCAGACAGCCAACUGUGUCCUGGGCUGCAGCAAGAGCAGCAUGGCCAGCAGGGCAAGGGAGGAGAUUCUCUGCCUUUGCUCUUGUCAGACCCCACCUGGAGUACUGUGUGCAGUUCUGGAGCCCCCAACACAAGAAGGACAUGGAACUGUUGGAGCCAGUCCAGAGGAGGGCCACGAAGAUGCUGAGAGGGCUGCAGCAGCUCUGCUAUGAGGACAGGCUGAGACAGGUGGGGCUCUGCAGCCUGGAGAAGAGAAGGCUUUGAGGAGACCUUAUAGUAGCCUUCCAGUAUGUGAAGGGGACCUACAGGAAGGCUGGGGAGGGACUAUUUACAAGGUCUUGUAAUGACAGGAUGAAGGGUAAUGGGUUUAAACUGGAGGAGGGGAAAUUGAAACUAGAUGUCAGGAAGGGGUUCUUUACUGUGAGAGUGGUGAGAUACUGGCACAGGUUGCCCAGGGAGGCUGUGGCUGCUCCCUCCUUGGAGGUGUUCAAGGCCAGGUUGGGUGAGACCUUGAGUGACUUGUUCUAGUAGGAGACAUCCCUGCUUAUGGCAGGGGUUUGGAACUGGAUGAUUUUUGAGAUCGCUUCCAACCUAAACCAUUCUGUGAUCACUCAGGAGCACAUCCAGGCGGAUUUUGAAUAUCUCCAGAGAAGGAGAUUCUACAACUCUGGGCAGCCUGUUCCAGUAUUCUUUCAGGCUCACAGUGAAAAAAAAUUCCUCAUGUCUAUGGAACUUCCUAUGCCUCAGUUUCAACCCAUUGCCCCUGUCCUGUCAUUGGGCAUCACAGAGAAGAGCCUGGCUCCAUCCUCCUUGCACUCAUGCUUUGCAUAUUUAUAAACAUUAAUGCAGUGAGUCCAUCAGCAUAAAUGCUGGUGCUGGUGCAGCCUCGUUCUGCAGCCUCACAGGGUGUGAGGGAUCCAGGUAGGGUUUCUCUAUGUCAGAAAGUUGAAGGUUGAAAAGUAAAUUGAUAAAAGCAUUUAGUUAAUAGCUGAAGUUUCUGACAAAUUAAACUCUAAUAGAGCAGUCAGAAAAGCAGAAAGUCUCUAAUGAAAAGAAUGGAGCUGGCAAAAGUACUUCCCUUGUCUUCAUUGUGGAAGCUUUCUCUGGAUUAAAGAAGGCUUGUUCCUCGCAGCUCUCGCUCCAUUUGGAGCAGGACAAAGGUUACAGGCCUUUGCUCUGUAGUUGGGUGAUACUGAUAGCUACAGCUCAUGCUGAGAUAAAAUAAUGCUGUUUCUAGAGCCAGCCCUACCCAAUUGAGGAAUGACUGGUUUUCUUGCAUGUAUUACACAUAAUUCCUCAGGUCCUGAGAACACCCAGCUGCAACGUGUGGCAGAUGUCACCUUAUGGGUAAGACCCCCAUGGCUGCCUUAGAGUGCCGGGAUUCUUAUUGGAAUUAUUGGACAGAAUUAACCUUUGUCUCACUUUUUUUCCAGCGCCCCUAGAAGGACUUGUGCUGACACAGAUUCAGAAAGCUGAAACCAUUCAAUGGUUUAAUUUAUCAGAGCACAGGAGAUUCGUGGCUGUCAGUGAUAAAAGGACCGUCUGUGAGGUGGUCUCAGGGUAAUAAAUACCAGAGGACAUACGACAUGGUCAGAGAUGCACACUUGAGGAAGAGCUCAGUGUUAGUGUGAGGAGUUAAAGAGGCAGACAUUUCUCUUUUUCAUGCGGACGCUUCAGAUUUAUGUUCCUUUGUAGCUAAAACAGGAUUUAAAAAUAAAAAAGCCUGUAUUUACUAUGUUAUAA